UGACACAUAAGGGUUAAUUCAACAUCAUUGUGUGUGUGAUUGAGUGGGAGGAGAGUGUGUGUGAAUGGGAGGGGGAAGGCAUUGGGUAUCCGUUUAACUUGUCAGAAGUAAAGGGGAGAAGUUCUGUUUAAUGUUCUGUGUAUCAGUGCUGUUACAUCUUUAGAACCUUCAGACAGCAGGGGGUUAUCAUAGACAUUGCAUUGUUGCAGAACCCCAGGUCUAUUUGGGGGGAGGAAGGAUUAGAAGAUCUCUGUGCAUGAUGUGUGAGUUUGUUUGCAGAACUGGGCACAGGGAGGUGUGUUUGGGUGUAGACCAAUAAUCAGCCUCUGGUUGAGCCUUUAUUCCCAGGAUGGGGUACAGACAGAGUGCUGGGACUGCAGAUCACUCAGGAGGAUACAACAACAUAUUCUUCAUGGGCACUGUAGGCAAAAAGAAGGACCUACCUAGACCUGCACAUGGCUGUACUACCAUCCCCAAACUGGCUCUGGAGCUGAAGCAUAUCCUCCAGCCUGCAUCCAACUCCAAGCUGCCGACCGUCACUCCUUUAAGGGUGAUGAUGCCUCUUGGACAGCUUUCCAAAGGAGCCACCUUGGAUGACCUCAUACAGAUAUGUAUUCAAACCUUUGAUACUGAUGGGAAUGUGUGUCAGAGCAGUGAGUUACUACAAAUCCUGAUCACAAUGCAUGGAUUCCUGAUCCCAUCUUCAGACUUGCUUCGCAGGCUCCGGACAUUAUAUCAGGAUUCUAUGCAGAAGAGAGCGCUGCUUUUCUGUCUCAAAAUAUGCUACUUUGUAAGAUAUUGGCUUACGGAACUCUGGAUCAUGUUCAAGGUGGAUUCUAAGCUCACGCAGACUAUGGAGGAGUUUCAAGACCUUGUGAAAAACCAAGGAGAUGAGUCUCACUGGCGUCUGCUUGACACUUCCCAAAUAAACUCUCGUGAUUGGUCUAGAAAAUUGACUCAGAGAAUGAAACCCAACUGUAGCAAAAAGAGGAAAGUAUCUCUGCUGUUUGACCAUCUGGAGCCAGAAGAACUGGCCGAACAUCUGACCUAUUUGGAGUAUAAAUCCUUCCGCAGAAUCUCUUUUUCUGAUUUCCAGAACUAUAUCACAAAUGGCUGUGUGAAAGAUAUUCCAACCAUGGAACGCUCUAUUGGUUUGUGUAACGGAAUCUCUCAGUGGGUUCAGCUAAUGGUUCUGAGCAGACCAACUCCACAGCUUCGUGCUGAGGUCCUCACCAAAUUCAUUCACGUGGCGCAAAAACUGCAACAGCUACAGAAUUUCAACACCCUGAUGGCGGUCGUUGGAGGUCUUUGUCACAGUUCUAUCUCCAGACUCAAGGAAACCAGUGCACACAUACCUCAUGAAGUCAGCAAGGUCCUUAAUGAGAUGACCGAUCUGCUGACCUCCUGUAGAAAUUAUGACAAUUACCGGAAAGCCUACAGUGAGUGCAACAAUUUCAAGAUUCCCAUUCUUGGGGUACAUUUGAAGGACCUCAUUUCAAUGCAUGAAGCCAUGCCAGAUUAUCUGGAAGAUAAGAAGGUUAAUGUGCUCAAGCUGCACUCUAUGUUUAACCAUAUUAAUGAACUCGUCCAGCUACAAAACAUUCCUCCACCUCUGGAUGCCAACAUGGACCUCGUGCAUUUACUCACACUUUCUCUGGAUUUAUAUUACACCGAAGAUGAAAUGUAUGAGUUAUCGUAUGCACGGGAGCCAAGGAAUCAACGAGCACCACCAGCAACACCUUGCAAGCCACCAGUGAUGGCAGUCUGGGCGUCGGGAGUGUCCCCUAAACCGGAUCCCAAAACAAUAAGCAAACAUGUUCAGAAGAUGGUGGAUUCUGUCUUUAAGAAUUAUGACCUGGAUCAGGAUGGAUACAUAUCUCAGGAAGAUUUUGAAAAAAUAGCAGCCAGCUUCCCAUUCUCAUUCUGCGUCAUGGAUAAAGACAGGGAGGGCCUGAUCAGCAGACCAGAGAUCACCGCAUACUUUAUGCGAGCCAGCUCUAUCUGUUCCAAACUUGGGCUGGGAUUUCUCCAUAACUUUCAAGAGACCACAUAUCUACGCCCAACCUUCUGUGACAACUGCGCUGGAUUUCUUUGGGGCGUAAUCAAGCAAGGAUACCGAUGCAAAGAUUGUGGGAUGAAUUGCCAUAAACAGUGCAAAGAGUUGGUGGUGUUUGAAUGCCAUAAAAGAUCUAAACCUUUUAUGGGAGACAGCAGUUCCUCUACCGAGAAUGGCCAAACCAAUAUUUUCCCUAUGGGCAGCAAAGAAUCCCCAAAUGACUGCGUAGGUGCUGAUGAGGAAUCUUUUUCAUACGUAAAUGGAGACAAUGACCACAAUGAGAUCAGCAAGGACCGUACACUCGUGCUCAUGGGAAGUUCUUCCCAGAAGAUCUCUGUGAGGCUGCAACAAUCUGGAAAUCACAAAGAGACACAGACGGAUGCUGAGCCAACAAGUCCACAUCUACAGAUACCCUCACCCUGCUGGAACCAAUCACCGGAUCCUACAUACCUCUAUCCAUCCUUCAGCCCAAAUCCAUCACCUUGUCCCAGUCCAGUACUUGUCAGGAAGAAGGCCUAUGCCAAAUGGGAAAACAAGGACUCUAUUCGUAAAGCAAGAGAGGAGGGGAAAGCCGCUAAAUCAAUGGUUCAAGAGUUGGAGCAGGAACGAUCACUUCUGCAGGAAGAAAACGUAGCUUUAAAGGUUCAACUGAAAGACGCACAGAGACGAAUUGAAACUUUAAGGGCAGAGCUUCGAAAGUAUGUAUUGGACAAUGAACCGCCCGGAAAAUAAGCAUGGCUGCAAGUCAGAGACUGGAUGUCUACCAAGUACAAUUGCUGGAUUUGCAAAUUAGCGCGAAGGCAAGAGCUGCGGCUAAAUGACUAAAUUAUUUUGUCACAAACCAUCUUUUUGUGUACACACGUCUUCUAACUGGUAAAUCUAGCUAGGAGUGGAGAAACCACCAUGUCUUACAACAAAAACUGCAUUCAUAUUAUGUGUGCUAACAGGCUACGGUGGUUUGAGUCCCUGCUUGUCAAGUGAGCUAGAAUUCAGAAAGGUUUACUCUGUAUGGUGCAUUCCGUGUUCCUUAGUGUAUAUACCAUUUCAGGCUGAAUUUGUGUUAAUAUACUCUGGAGUUUUCAGGGAGUCUCCUUUGAUACAUAGUCAUGUGCUGAAGUACAGUCAAGGGCGUACGUCAGGUUUCAGCUAUCUAAAAAGAUAACCAAAACCUAGCUUGUGUUUACACAUUUCUCCAGUAAGUCAUAGGAUUAGUAGAAGAGAUGUAUAAUUCAGAAAUACAUUUAAUUCUUAGUUUGUCACCCUGUCAUUUGCAUUGCUAGUCAGACUACAGGAUGAACUUGUUUAUUGUUGCUCUGCCUGAUCAGCAAUCAAGCAUUCUUAAACACAGUAACAGAUCUAAGAUGGAAUCGUCAACAAAAAUGUUAACUUUGUAGUAAGUACAUAACAGAAUCAGUGACAUCUAUAAAGCGACUGAAACGUUAGCUCCAGCUCUCAACAGCAUCUAUUACCCAGGGUAGCCUAAAAGCCU